CAAAAUGGCGAAAAGGUAAUAUCAUAUACUUCCGGGGUCAAAGGUUACACGGUUUUCCCGGGAAAUUUCGUGCAUGCUGCUCUGUCUGCAGUCAGCAUUGUACUGGUAACAACAUUGUCAUUCAGCUGCCAGCCAUGGAAAAAGUAACAGAGAAAGUUCUCCUAGAAAAAGCUACUCCCAAAGUAACACAACUUGAACAGAUAAAAAACCUAAAUCUGUCGCGACUUGGAUUAAAAGACAAAGAUUUGCCAGUGCAUCUUCUGUCGAGGCUCACCAGUUUGGAGAAGCUGGACCUCUCUGGGAACAUGUUGCUGGGGAUGCCCGCGGGGCUCUCUCUUCCCUCCUUGCGAGUUCUGGACUGCUCCAACAAUGACAUGGAGGAUAUCGCCUCUCUUCGGUCCUUAACAGCAUUGGAAGAGCUUAGUCUUGAGGACAACUUGUACCUCACUCUGAAUGAUCAGCAUAAGGCCAUAUUCCUCCUGCCCAAGCUGAGAAUUUUCAAUGGAAAAGACAUCGGCCCAAUGGCUAAUCAUAUCCGGCAUGUCACCAGCGGGAUCCUAAUGAAAAGAGUUGUUGAAAUCUGGGAGGGAAGUUUUAAACUUCCUAAUCCACCAACCACGGAGAGUCUGGCCAAAGUUGAGAAAAAUUUUAUCAACGAUGCCUGCUUUCGAGUCAAAUAUGGCCCCAGCUCUUUGAGUCUUUACACAAAAUGGAGGGUUGAGAUGAUUGCAAGAGAAUACUUCCACUCACUCAUUCCAACAAACGUUAAGGAUACCCAACUCAACAAGGACACUCAAAACAGACCCACUGAUACCAAGGAGAAGGUUAUUCUCACACCAGUUAAGAGAAAGACGACAGAUGUUGAAGCUGAGAGCCAAAUACGAUGUACCCCAAAGAGAGUUAGAUUGUCUGCUCAAACUCCCACAAAGGACAGUCCCCGAAAAUCCAGCCGGCUUCAGAACACCCCUCAGAAGGCUGAGAAUGCCCCAGCCAGUCCUCUCCAAAGUACUGUGAGGAACUUGGCCACUCCAACAAAGCAGCAGAGGUGUAGCGCGAAGGAGAGCGUGAAACCGACCACCCCACAAAAGAGGCAGACAAGAACCCAUUCUAAGAUGGAGACUGACACCCCUCAGGAAACCAUCAAAACCAUCUCUGAGGAACCGGUGUGUCUGCAGCCCCUACACGUCCUGCAGUGCCACAGCAGACAGGACAACCACAACGACUUCAAAACCCAGCUCUGGGCCUGUGCCUUCGAACCUGCGGCAAACAAGAGUGAUGGCGCUAACCUGGAGAGCACGGUAGCCACCUGUGGAGGCGAGUCUGUGUGUGUGAUUGACUGUGAGACGGGCAGUGUACUGAAGAAAUAUAAAGUCCCUGGCGAGGAGUUCUUCUCUCUGGCGUGGUCAACAUUGCUGAUGUCUUUGAAGAAUAGCGUGCCACGCCACUGCAGCAUUUUGGCUGCCGCCGGGAAAAGGGGUGUGGUGAAACUAAUUCACCCGAGGGCCAACUUGGCGUUUGGAGAGUUCCGGGCGAGCCGACGAGCCAUCUCUAUCAUCCGCUUCAGCCCCCAACAGAGUAGCUACCUUUUCACUGGGGCAUAUGAUGGCAAAAUCUCUAUGUGGGACAUCGGUGGCAUAGACUCCGAUUACAAUUUUAAAGUCAGUCAGCUCUUGGUCCUAGAGGCCUCCUCCACGCCACUGCACCUCGCCCUGCCUGCAUCUUCUGCAGAUAAACAUCUCGUUGCAGCCUGUGAUGACGGUCUACAGUGCUUCAACAUUCAGCUCAAUACAAAUGUACAAAAAAGGACAAUGCAGAUGGAGAUCACAUUUCCUGUUUAUGAGAAGAAGGACAAAACAAACAACUUCCGUACAAUUGAUGGUUUCUGUUUCCUGUCAGAUGAUGUUGUGGCCUCCAAAAGCCACAUGCAAGGCUCCAUCUAUCUCUGGAGCUGGAGCAGAACUCUGGCUUCGUCCUCUGGUAGAAAGAAAGUGUCCGCAGCGAUCCUCGCAGAACUGCAGUGGUCUAACACAGAUGUCCCCUACCUAUCACUCAACACCUGUCCCAGUCAUGGUUUUGUAGUGUGCGGUGAUGAGAAGGGAAGACUAUGGACGUACCACUUGACAGAGGAGAUGAAAGCCAAAUUUAAGAGUGGAAAACCUAUUCCCACAACAGAGGUUCUUGAGUGGCCAUCGCCUGUCAGAGCUGGACUUGGUGCGGUGGAGGGCCCUUCAAUUAACUCGGUUGUAAUGAGCCAGGACCUGCGCUACCUGGUUGCUCUCAGUGACAGGAACAUGGUGGUGGUGUGGAAAAGUGUUGUAUCCUGAGAAAUUGGAAGACUUGAUACAGCCUUGAUAACAUCCUCUUACACACACACACACACACACACACACACACACACACACACACGUGUGUCAUAGGCUUUUUCAUCAUUUUUCAGUGGGAAGUUGGACCACAAAGAAUUAAAAUGAAAAAUGAACAACUUUUAAGAACUCGGGGAAAAAGACAUUGGUCUCUAUUCAUGGAGAAAUUGAUCUUGACUAAUGCUGUGUGGUGCAGCAGUUAUAAUUAUACAGCACUAUGUUUGAAUGCAGCUCACAAUGUACAUUGUGUUAAGGAGUGUAUUUGCUCAGAUACACCCAAUAAAAAUGCCAUAUCAUUUUAAU